UAUUCUUCACUUUCCAUCCACACAAUCGUUCAUACCCACCACCUGCACGUCCUCAAUCAUUAACCUGUCACGACGACAAUCAAAAGCGGUGCCCACACACAUUACCCCUCCUUCGGCUUUUGAUCGAGUCUCGAAUCUUUUGUCUUUGAACCAGCAAUAACCACUUUGUCACUCCAGGCGAGGAAAUACUUCAAGACCUCCCGACCCAACCUUUAAUAAACUGCAAGCUGCAAGCAGGAUCUUCAAGUGAUUGACGAAUUUCGCGAAAACCACGACAUCACGAAAAGAGACGGGUGCUCUUUGAUUGUCUUUUUGUCCUGUAUCUUGAAACUUGCAAAAAUCGAUUUUCAAAACCCCUAGGCAAACUAUCAUCCAGAUAUCUUUCACGUGCAUAUAUAAUCUUUGGCGCUAUUCGACCUCUUUGUCAUUGACAUCCAAUCUCUUACCUGUCUGUCGACUGGUUCGACUAAAUCCUUUCCACCUAUCCACUCUACCAUGACCUCUUUCAAAUUCCUCAGUCUUUUGACCACACGCGCACUCGACUCGCUCCCUUUGCCGUUACUAGUCAUCAUCUUUGUCGCUUGCUUGGUUCUACUGCACUGCCCCGCAUCCCCAACCCCAUCUCUCUUACCACUCUACACUCCUCCACCAUCUCUAUCCUCAUCCCCAUCCAUAUUCGAGAAGGGUAACCGCGUCUCUUCCUUUUUAUUCUCCUUCCCUCCCUCACACUCCAGCCCUACCAACCGCCCACGGGGGACCGAUCCGUUUUCCUUUCCCGGAUCCCUCCCUGCAGGCUCACCCUCUUUCCCCCAUACUUCCCUUCCCGCUUCCUCUUCCUCUUCCCAACUGUAUUCCCAUUCUCGACUUCCUCUCGUCUUUUCUUUUCCUCUCGGCGAGACCGCCUGGAUAUGUACCGAGCAACAACAACAUCACGACGGCAGCCCACAGGAGACGACAAAACCCGCCGCAAAAGAAAAACACGCAAGGCGGGGCAGCAACAACAACGGGAGUCACGGGAAAAGAAAAAUAGGAUCUAAGAGUUUUGGGUUGAAGGGAUGGAAACUCGAGUUGGGCGUGGUUAGCGAGGAGGCCGAGGCUGAACCCGACGUCGUCGACGUCGAGGCCAAUGCGCGUGGCCCGGUCGAAACCAAAAGAGUACUAGAAGUUUGAGAAGGGGUGAAUAGAAGAUUUAGACGUUCUCUUUAAGUGUUCCAGCACGGACUUUUUUUCGAAUUCUUUCUUUUACUUUUUUUUUCUACCUUCCUCACUAAUACUUGUUGACAGCCGAUUUUUGCCUACCUACAUUUCCAUCUACUGUAUACUACAUGCCUAUCUCGCAGCGCGCUCGUAUCGCCGCACAAACCAACAAAUCGUUUUAUUUUUAUUCUUUAUUCUUCACUCUCAAACAAAUAUUCUUCCCACGUUCCUUCCUGUAUCCUCAUCUAGACUUUUGUGGUCAAAAACUGUAUCGAGAUAUUUUAAUAGAACACGACGGGCGGGGCGGGUGUAAA